UGUUCCUCGCACGUUAUUGUUAGGGUUAUUGGAUUUUAGCGGUUACUUAUCGAUGCGAGCGAAGAACAGAAUGCUUCGUUCCAUGCUAUAAUGGAAGCAAUCUCAUUGUAUCGUGCUUCGACACAUUAUUUCUUGUUCCUUCGCUUGCAGAAUGAAUCGUCAGAUACGUUAUUGUGCGAGGAUACAACGAUAUCGAUGGUUGCAUUCUUAUUCUCAAUAUUCGGUAUACACCGUGCGCGCUAUUACAUAAGAAGAGACCAUCGAGAAAAUUUUAUUUUAACGGAUAUUUUGCCCCUGCUCACAUUGCUCGAUCAUGAAAGCUAAAAAUUAUUCCGCGACAUGCAAACUAUCGCAAUUGCUCUUUUUAAAUAGAAUAACGUUGCCAAAAAGAUGACAGCUGAUUCAGAAAAAGAUAGUACUCAUUGUUUGAUAUGUAACAGUAAAGUUGGUGUAUCUACUAGGAAUAGUAUACGAAUCUUUAAUGAAAACUCUGUAACAUCGUCAGAAAAAUCACUUGUAGAUGCCAUUUGUACUGUCUUGGAAACAGAUUUAAACGAAGAAAAUGUACAUUCUCUUGUCAUAUGUAAAAAAUGCUAUAAAUUAUUUAAUGAGAUUGAUGAACUUGAAAGUCGACUUACAGAGGUAAAAUUAGAAUUAUUUAAUAACUAUAAGAAAACUAUUAAAAAGAUAUCUGAUAUGCAAAAUGAAGAAGAAUAUAACGAUCAUGAUUACAUAGAAAAUACAGAAAGUCAGGAUACAGAUGGAGAAAUUAGAUAUAUACAAAAGGAUGAAUCAGAAAUUCAAGAGAUGGAAGGGGAAGAAGAAAGAAUAGAGGAAGAAGAGGAACCUUCUUGUGAACCAGAGGAAAUUAUUCUGAAAGUUGAGGCCAUACCACAAACAAGUGGUACUGAAGAAAGAAAGAGGAUAAAACGAACAAAAAUUACACCAAAAAUUGAACCUCCCCAAGAGCGAAUUGUUACAAGAGAUGGUUCUAUAUAUAGCUGUUUGUUAUGUACAAAUGAAGACGAUAAAGCUGUAGGAGAUGCAAAGUCUAUUAUUGCUCAUGUAAGGAGUGUGCACGAAACUCGUUUAUAUAUUUGCGACAUAUGCGGGGAUGACUUUAAAAAGAGAAAUCAACUAUCUAUUCAUCUUGAUGAUCAUGUUGCUAAAGAGGAAGGAGAUUUUCAGUGUGAAAUAUGUAAUAGAAUAUUUAGUAAUUUGCGGUUGUUUAGGAUUCAUAAAAGAAUACAUUAUCCACAAGUGAAAUCUUGGCCGUGUGAAACUUGUGGUAAACGAUACAGUUCUAGAAAUUUAUUGGAGGAACAUAUUAAUACACAUACAGGUGUACGUCCAUAUGUAUGUGAAAAUUGUGGUAAAGAUUUUGCUUCAAAAUAUACUUAUAAAGCACACGUAAAAACACAUGAAAUACGACCUCGUCCUUACCAGUGUUCACAAUGUAACAAAACAUUUUUGAGCCAACAAAAUCUUAAUCAACAUGAAAGAACUCACAAUGGUGUAAAGGAGUAUGUUUGCCACCAGUGCGGCAAAGCCUUUGGUUCGCCACAUAAUUUAGAAGUACACAAUAUAGUACAUACUGGUUACAAGCCAUACAUAUGUAGAGUAUGUGGUAAAGCAUUUGCCCGUAAAGCUGAAAUAAGGGACCAUGAAAGGACACAUACUGGAGAGAAACCAUAUCAGUGUGAAUUUUGUGGAGCUACAUUUAGUCAACGAUCAAAUUUACAAUCGCACAAGCGUGCAACGCAUUAUAAUGAUAAACGGUACAAAUGUGACGAUUGUGGAAAAGGAUUUAAACGGCGGAGAUUAUUAGACUAUCAUAUAAAAGCAGCUCAUACCGGUGAAAGACCGUACAAAUGCGAUAUAUGUACAGCAACAUUUGUAUAUCCCGAACAUUUCAAAAAACAUAUGCGUAUACAUACUGGAGAGAAACCUUAUCUCUGCGAGGUUUGUGGUAAAGCAUUUAAUAGUCGAGAUAAUAGAAAUGCGCAUCGAUUUAUACACAGUGAUAAAAAGCCGUAUGAAUGUCUAGUAUGUGGUAUGGGUUUUAUGAGAAAACCUUUGUUGUAUGCUCAUAUGCAGACUCAGGGACACUUAAAUGAUACCAUUGUGGUGAAUCAACCGCGUCUCACUACGGAAGAUGAUCAAGUUAUAACAAUUUCUGAUGGCAACGUGGAACUUUUAGUAGAUGAAGCGGAAAAUGACCAGUUGGAUGAAACUGAACUGUAUGUGACAGAGUUAAAAGAUCAUGUUAUCAUACAGCAGCAAAAUGAGGAUCAAAUGUAUAACGAAGAAGAUGUAUUAAAUAUUCCGGCAGAGGAAAAUGUUGCGGACGAGGAAGUGAAUCAUCUCGUUGAUGGAGAAAUGAAUUUCGCUGAAAAUGAAGUAAUGGAAUGUAAAACUGAAGAUUCGGAGCAAGUAGAAGAGGUAUACAACUAUAAUGAAACAGAAGAUGGGGAAACAAUAGUUGUACCAACUACCUCAGAGUACAAAGGAGCGGAAGAAGAGAAAAAUGCUGUACGAUUAGUACAAAUUCGAUUUCCAACAUCGGUUGGUGGUGAAGGCCGAAGUUGGUUAAGCUUAGUACAAAACACGUGAAUUUUUGUAUCAUUGUGAUGUACUAUAGCUUCUUAAUAAGGAGUCCGCUUCUUAAUAAAUCUUUAAGUUUAAGUACGUGUAA